AUGUUUGGUAUUAUUGAGGCUUUUGUAUUUUGUCCGAAUAAUAUAAAUAUACCAUUAUUACCCUAUAAAGAUGAGCGAAACGAAUUAUUGUCUUUCCCAAGAGGUAGAUUCAUAGGUGUCUAUUUCACUGAAGAAUUGAUAAAAGCGCGUUCAGUUGGUUACAUGGUAUACCCUAUAAGGGGAUAUUUAUAUGAGAAAGGGGAGAGGACAAAAGCGUCAGUUGUUCACUGCCUAUGGAGUAUGGGGAGUGUGAUACAAAUGCACUUUUCCACCCAGUGCUCUUUUCCUUUGGCAUCUCUGUUUCAGUGA